UCGUGGCGUUUUUACAAAAAAGCCCCUCAUGUUUUUGCUAUUCAACGUGCAGUCCUUAUACCAAAACAAGUCAACGAAGCGGUACAGGCGAAAAAAAGAAAAAAAACAGUCGCACGCACCUCCCGAUCCAAUCUCAACCUCCGGCGCGCCGCCACCUCCUGCCACGCCCGACGCCGGCGACGGUCGAUCCGAUGUUCGCCGGCCGCCGGCACCACUUGCGCCGCCCAACGCCGCUGCCAGCUGCGUCGUAGCUAAGGGGGCAACAGUCGCCGCUGCCCCACCUUGUCAUGCCGUUCACGGAGGCGAGGCGACCACCGCCACCGUAGGGCCCAACGUCGCCUCCCACCUGCGUCGCCUUGCGCCGCUGCCACGUAGGCGACCGCCGCCGCCCACCUGCGUUCAAGGAGGCAAGGCGACCACCGCCACCGCAGAAGUUGAAUACAGGUCAGCAUGGAUUGGAAGCUCAAGCGAUCGAAGAGCGUUCCUAAGCUCAAGAACGGAUCGCCCACGAGUCCGACUAAAGAGACGUCAUACUUUCAUCAGCAACGGCCAAAUCCCCAGCGCCGCCGAUGAUGUACACCCCUGUACCCCUUGACUGUACCCCUUGACAUCCAAUACCUCGCGUCUGCUCAACUUGAA